AUGAAGCUGUUCCUCGAUCCCGGCUCCACGGUGUCGCUCGCGGCGGCCAUCACGGGUAACGUGAGCGAGGCUGCGCUGGUGUGGCUGCGUCGCGUGUCGUUUUUGGCCCUCGGAUACCGGCUCGGCAAGAGGACGGAGCGGGCCAAGGCUGCCAAGAAGCGCCUCAUCGCGCGCCGGACGCUCACCCCGUUGCUGCUCGACCACAAGCACGCCGACACCCUGGUGGACGCGGGAGGGCUGGCGGCGAUCGUGGGGGAUCUGCCGCAGUGGUGCAAGAAACCCGACCACGAGACCACGGCGUGGCUCAACGGGCUACUCGCGGAGCUCUGGCCCCAGCUGUCCGCGGCGCUGAGCGAAAAGAUCGGCACCGCUGUCGGUAAAAAGCUGGCCCGGAUAUCGCCUCUCGGACUGAACCUGUCGUUCAAGGAGUUCGGCCUGGGGAACGAGGCCAUAUCGCUGCUGAGCGUCAGAAAGGUGGGACGGGCGAAGGACACGAACGAGGUCAUCCUCGACUUCGACAUGCGGUGGUGCGGGGAUCCAACCAUCGUGCUCAACGCGUCCGUGCUCGGGCUGCCGCUGAUGGUUCGGCUGGACGAGCUACAGCUGAUUGGACCCCUCCGCCUGUGCUUCGCCGACUUCGACAACAACCUGCCGUGCUUCCACAUGCUGAAGAUUGCCUUUGUGGAGAGGCCGGACAUCAACUUCAAGCUCAAGCUCGUCGGCGGGGACAUCGACAUGGUCAUGGGCCUGAAGGAGAAGAUAACCGAGGUCAUCGGCAACGGCCUCGGCAAGGCGCUCGUGUGGCCAAAGUACAUCAGGGUACCCAUCGCCAACAAGAACCGUCCCGGGGCGCAGGACGUCAAGGUUGGGGUGGACAAGGCGGACGCCGCGGGUGUCCUCGAGGUGACCUUGGUCAGUGGGUCCAACCUGCGGAACAUGCGAGCCAUCGGCAGAUCGGAUCCGUACGUGACGUUCUCACUGACAAACUCGGGCAGGAACGAGGUCAAGUCGUCGGUGAUCAAGCACGACCUCAACCCGCGGUGGAACGAGCACUUCAAGAUCGUGCUCGACGACCUGGACUCGCAUGAGCUGCAGUUUGUGGUGGCUGACUACAGCGCCAUGGCGGAGGACGCGGGGGUGAAAAAGAUUGAAAAGUGUUUCACGAAGAUGGACGUCGCGUGCUGCGGGUGGUGGCGGCGACGGACCGGGGCGAAGGGCGCCAGGGACGCCAAGUCACGCGCGAAGGAGCUCGAGGGUGCCAUGUUCCAGACGGUCAUGGGCACGGGCUCGGUCAAGGUGUCCGAGCUCAAACCAUUCCAGGAGGUGACCAAGCAGGUGCCCCUCUCCAAGGAUGCCAUGUCGGUCUUCGCCGAUCCGACGAGGCGCAAAAAAGUGAGCGCCGGCUUCGUCACGCUGCGCAUGCGAGUCAUUCCCCUCACGUCAACGGCGACGCGCACGGCGAAGAACCUCGAGUCCGCCGGGUUGAAGGUCAAGAAGGCUCUGGUGAAAAAACGCGAGGAGCACGGCGUCGCCGUUCCGAAGAAGACGUUCAUGGAACGGUUCGGUCGACCCCCGACGGCGGAGGAGCUCGAGGAGGAGGCGCGACGAGCGUCGGAGAAACCGGUGGACUUCGACAGGAGCGCGAAGGAGGCGGUAGAGCUGAUGCUCAACACGGUGCUGGGCGGUAACCUCGACCGCUCCGAUCCGCGACAGGCGGAGCAGGUGGAGCUGCUCAAGCCCCACCUCAACGGCCUCCUCUACAUCACGCUGGUCAAGGGCGAGGGGCUCGUGGCGAAGGACGUGGGCAACACCAGCGACCCGUACUUCAAGAUCAAGCUCAAGUCCCAGAGCUGGAGGUCACCCGUCGUUUACAAGACGCUGAAUCCGGUGUACGACGCGAGCACGGAGUUCAUCGUGUCCCCGGCGGAUCUUUUGUCACCCGGCGUGGUGAUCAAGUGCGAGUGCUGGGACAAGGACAUCGUGGGUAAGGAGUUCAUGGGCGAGUGCGACGUCGAGCUGAGGGACGUCGUGAAGCGGUCGCUGCAGGCGGUGGGGGGUUGGGUGUACCGGAGGGUCGAGCUGCGGGGCGUGGAGCACGGGUCCGUUCACGUCAAGUUCAGGUUCCAGCCGGCGGAUGUCGGCAUGAGGGAGAAGACCCCGGAGGCGAGGGAGCGGUACCUGGCGAGGCACAAAUCCAGGAUGCGUCGAAAGGCGGAGAGGAGGAGCGUCGACGGGAAGGGGGACGGGCUCAAGAGGUACCCAGACACCGCGACGGACGACGGCGACGAGGGGCCCGAGAAGGUUGUUCACUUUGACGCGGGCGACGUGGGCCAGGAGGAUUACUUCGAUUUCGGCUCGGACGAUGAGCCGAGCUCGGAGGAUGAGGAGGACGCCGAGCUGCGGUCGCACCCGUCGUCGUCUCCCACGCGCCUCAAGGUCACGGACGACGAAGGAGGACCGUCGCCGCCGCCGUCGCCGCCGCGAAGGGGACUCUUUGGUAGAAAAAAAUAGUCGCGAUUUGAUCAGAUGCGAACCACGCGCCGAGCUCCUCGACGCCGCCGCGUGUUACUUCUCCUCUCCUUUACGCCGCUCGGCUAUCCCCAUGAGCGCCUCGUACAUCGCGGAGGCCCCACGCAUCGAGCGUUGCACCCGCCGCAUCGGGGUGAGCAUCGACUUAACCUUGCCGCCGACCCCGGCGGCUAGCCUCACCGACCCACUCAGGUUGGCGACGGAACCCGCCAGCGCGCUCCGCACCGCCUCCGCCGCCGCCCGCCUCGCCUCCAGCGUCCUCGCCCCGUCCUCAGCCUCUAACGCCGCUUCACUCGAUCGCGCGUCGUCGUCCUCGGGAGGGAGCACGGGAAGGGCGCCGCCGUCGCUGAGGUACCGCUGGAGGUCGACCGUGGAUAUGGCCAGCUCGUCCGUCCCGUCCCGACUCCGCGAGCGCUCAGCUUCCGCCCCGCCUUCGGCCUCGUACGACCGCCUGAAGUCGUCGAUGACCGUCGCCGGGGGCUCGAACUCGCCACCCGCCGGCACAACCUCCACGCCGUAGCCGCAAGAGUCCGCCAGGAAGAUCAUCACCCGCGGGUCCACGCUGUCCACGGUGGGCAUCUCGCACCCGUCCAGCUGAUCGCUCACCGCCACGGACGCGCGGGUGGCGUCCCUCAGGUCCUCGAACGCGACGAAGGAGUUCGCGGCGGUGUCGCCGUCCCUCCUGGACGUGGUGUACACGGCCUCGUCCUCGGUCUCCGGGGAGAAGACGAGGAUGUGAACCACCGGCAGGGAGUGCCACCACGGGGUGACGACAUCGGAGGAGUCCCCGCCCGCGUGAGCG